AUGAAUACAUAUUUGCACUCGCUUGUGCUGAAUAACUUUCAGAAAUAUGCGAACAGCACGUUCAUAUUCUCGCCGCAUGGGAAUUUGAUAGCUGGCUUGAACGGGUCGGGAAAAAGCACAGUCGCUGCUGCCAUUGCGCUCACGCUAGGAGGGACCAGCAAGACCGUGGGGAAGCCUCUGGCCACGCACGAGCUCAUAAAGUUUGGGGAGACGAAGGCGGUUUCUGAGCUUGUGAUAAAAACCACCCGGCGAGAGGAAAUUUCCAAGAUAGUGAAGAUACAUGGGCGCAGCAAGGUCAUUGAUGUGUCCAUAGCACGCACGAUCACAGCGGUCGGAUCAUCGUACAAGAUAAACGGAAUGCCUGCCUCCCUGAGCCAGGUGAAAGAAGUGGCUUCGGCGCUAGACAUACAAAUAAACAACUUAGGGCAGUUUCUGCCGCAGGACAAAGUGACCGAGUUCUCCUCGCUAGCUGAAGAAGAGCAGCUGGAGACCACGCUCAAAACAUGCAAUCCAGAGCUUCUGCAGAAGAAGAAAGACCUGGAGGAGGUCAGCGACAAUCUGGCCGAGUGCAAGAAAAAGCUGCAAACAGAAAAAGAGCAGCAAACCAAGCUAAAGGCCAAAAUGGAAGUGCUGGAGGAGGAAAGCAAAAAACUGAAAGAGUUUUUGGACCGGAAAGAGCAGAUAAGUCUGCUCCAGUGCAAGAUCAAGUGGGUGGAGUACCAAAUUCUGAAGGACAAGCGAGACCUUGUAGUGGAGAAGCUCAGAAAGCACAAGGAAGAGUAUAUGGAAAAGCAGCAAAAAAUAAGCGCGCUGGAAAGCGAGUACUUGCAAGAGAUGGACAUUCUGCAGAAGGAAAAAACAGACAUCAUAAAGGGAAUGGAGGUAGAAGAGUUCAACCUUCAGGUGCGCGAGAUAGAGAAGAUCCAAAGGCACGAAAAGAUAGCUUCAGAGAAAAUUUCCGUUAUCCAAGGGAAGAUUGCAAGACUUAACCAGGAGAAAACAGAAAUUGCGCAGUGGAAAGUUGUGAAGGAGACGGAAAAGCCGGCUCCAAAAAUGACUGCCCACCUGCAGCAGGAGUAUGCAGCCUUGGAGGGCGAGUACAGGGAAAACAAGAUGGAAGACAGCUCUUGGCAGGUCGAGUCUGCUCUAAAGGCCAUGGAAAUACAGAAGCUUGAAGUGUCCCUCAAGAAAGAGGAGGAGGGCGAAAACAGGCUGCUGGAGGAGCUCAAAAACCUGCACAAGGACACGUACACGGCCAUAAACAUAAUGAAGCAGAGCGAGAAAAAGUGGGCAGUUGACUUCCCCGCCAUCCUAACCAUGAAGGUCAUCCGGGAGGAGUACAAGGAAGAGCUGAGCAGUCAGCUGAACCUGCACGCGCUUACCUCCUUCGUGUGCCAUAGCAGAGAGUCUUUUUUGGAGUUUAUCCGCGAGUUUAAGGAGGAGCGAGGCCUGGCUAUAAACAUUGUCGAGAAGCAAAAACACACAGCCGAAGUGGCACCUGAUGCUUUGGCGCCCGCCUCCACGGAAAUAGACAGCAAGUAUAAGAUGGUAUAUCUGUCUGAGUGCAUUGAGGCCCCCCCGGCGGUCAAAGAGUUUUUGAACAUUUUUUCAAAGCUGUCUCUCAUCCCCGUGACAAAGGCCGCACUUUCGAACGAGCGAGAGUUUUUCAAUGCGCACAGGAAGAUCACGCGAAUUAUUUCAAACCGGAAAGUCAUUGAGAUAAAACGGUCGCCGUACACAAAGGACGAGACUCUUGUGAUAUACCCGAUCGCAAAGGGCGUGGGAAUUCUAAUGAAGCCAAAGGGCCUAGGAACCCUCGAGGCGCUGGAGGCCUUAAAGCAGGAGCGCGAAAAAAGGGCUGCACACCGGCAGGGCGUUCUAAGAAAGCGGGAGCAGCUGGAAAAAAGGCUUAGAGAGCUGAAGGGCUUAAGAGAGUCUGACGCUGUGGAAAGCGAGAAGCACGAGCGGCUGCAAAGGGCCAUGCAGGCAUACAAAGAAAGAGCGGAGGAAAUUUCAGUGGAAAGCAAGCAGCUAACUGCACAAAAGGAAGAGCUCCAGCAAGAGGUGAAAAGGCUGCAGAAAGAGCGCGCCCUCCCCUGGAAAAAGCUGCCCAUUGCGGCCAUGCUGAAAGAGCUGGAAAGCAUAUCCAAGCGAUCAAAGGAGCUGAAGGCGCUGCACGAAGAGCUGCAGGGCAAGCAGUGCCUGCUGGACUCUGAGAAGCAUCUGCUCAAGACCAUGCACGGCUCCAUACUGCAGUGCUCCAGCGAGGCAGACAACCUGAAGCACCAGGCUGUCCAGAAGCUGGCGGAGGCAGAAGCAACGUACAGCUUGAAGACAGAGUCCGAAGAAAAAAAAGCAAAGCUCAAGGAAAUGCCCUCCUGCGUGCAGACGCUUACCUUCUUGCUCGAGCAGGAAAAGGCAAAGGCUGAGCUGUCAAUUGUAGACUAUUCUGCGAUAGAGGAGUACGAGAAGUGCAAGGCCGAGAUGCAGCAGCGAGCCAAGCUCCUAAGAAAAGAUGAAAAAGAAGCAGGCACGGCCGAGGCCAUAAAAAAACAGAAAGAGGCCGACCUGGUUUUGGAAAUAGACGCACUAGUGCAGCAGAUAAACGGCCACGCACACUCCCUGUUUUCCAGCGCAGGGAUUGGCGCAGACGUUCACGUGCACUAUACAGAGUCUCCCCGCAUGUGGAAGCUGGUUCUAAAGGUGCAGUUUAGGUCUGAGGGGAGCCUGGAAGUUUUAUCUGCUGGAAGACACAGCGGAGGAGAAAAGGCUGUGUCUAUUAUUUUGUACCUGCUCUCCAUGCAAAAGCUCUCAAACUCUCCGUUUUUACUGGUCGACGAAAUAAACCAAGGAAUGGACGCGGCGCACGAGAGGACUAUACACAGCAUGCUCGUGGGAAGCAAGGCGGCCAGCACAAAGCAAACCAUUGUAAUUACACCCAAGCUGAUUUCAGGCCUGGACUACUCGGAGAGCACAAAAGUGCAUCUGAUUAUUGAAACUGCUUGA